AUGAGAUUUCAGGAUGUCAAAGGCUUUGAGAUCGGCGACCGCGUUGCCGCCGACAACAGCGAGCUCUGCAACGAGUGCUUCUACUGCCGACGAGGCCAGUUGCUUGCUCAUCAUUGCGUGCAGUUCAAUGCCCACGGCGUCACCAUGGAUGGCGGCUUCGCCGAAUACUGCGCCUAUCCCGCUGCCAAGGUGUUCAAGAUCCAUAACCUGAACUGGGUCGACGCCACCCUCCUCGAGCCCGCUUCCUGCGCGUGCCACGGUCUGGAGAAGAUUCGACCCAAGCUGGGAUCCCACGUCCUCAUGUUUGGCAUGCUUGCUCAGCUGUUGCGCCAGAACGGAGGCUGCCAGGUCACUAUUGCGGCUCCCCAGGGUCUCAAGAUGGAGCUGGCCAAGAGCCUCGAUGCGGCCGACACCUACAUCGAGCUCUCUCGCGAGAACCCCAGCGCGCAGUUUGACAAGUUGAAGGCUGAUAACCCGUAUGGUUUCGACAUCGGUGAGUUUUGGCGCUACGGGAUCCGUCAAGAUUCUGGAGGACUCCAUCAACUAUGUUCGCCGCGGCGGCACUCUCGUCGUCUAUGGGUACUUGUCUAUGCCAACAAGGACAGAGUUUCGUGGCCGCCGUCCAAGAUCUUUGGUGACGAGAUUACCAUCAUUGCUGCCACAAUUGACUACCUUGACUCGGGCAAGGUCAAGACCAAGGGCAUCGUUAACAAGACGUUCAAGCUUGAGCAGUUUGGCGAGGCCCUGCAGAGCAUCAAGGACAAGACGGCCAUCAAGGCCGCGAUCGUGUUCGAGUAG